AUGAAAGGCGCUGGUUUCCCGCCGUUCCUUCUGGCUCAUCUCCUUAUCUUUGCCACUCGAGGGGCGACUGUGGACGCGGGCGGCCCCCUCCUGGGCUCUCGAGCUGGCGGCCAGCAGCCGCCCCGAGAUGCCCCGAGUUUCUCCCGGCAGCAGAGAAAGAGCUUAGCCAUGGAUUUCAUCGUGCCGUCGCUGUUCCGAACCUACCUGAGGGAGCUGGUGCUGGGUGACGGGGGCAGAGGCGAACCCUUGGGCCGGUUCAAGGCGCACUGCAGCCUGGUGCUGGACUGCCCGCCGCUUUUGCGCGCCGCUAGCUCUUGGCCGCCGAGGAGCGGAGCCGCAGAGCCCGCCGGCCGCGCCAGAACCCAGUCCAAGGUGCUGAAAGCCGGCGCGGUGCGCAAGCUGCGCCGCGCCAAGCAGCUGGUGCUGGAAGUGGGAGAGACCAACCUGAGGGACGACUGCGCCUGGCGGUCCGAGGCAGGAGUCGUGGCGACGGCGAGCCGGCUCGAGUUUACCCUGACCGAGGAAUUCAGCUGGUGGAUCCGCUCCGGGGAAGGCAGGCUGAGAGUUCGCUUGAUGCCCGAAAGGAAGGCGUCGUUCUUGGGCAGGGAAGGCAGCUUGUCAGCGGCCAUUAGGGCAUCCCGGCCCCGCCUAUUCUUCCAGAUGGCCACCAGAGGUGAGAGAGUAGUGGGUGACUUCUGCGCCUAG